AUGGCAGAAGGAGGGUGUGCGCAGAGCGAGGAGGAGGAAGCGGGUCUGUCCCGGGGCAGCGGGGUCUGCAAGUGGUUCAACGUACGGAUGGGCUUCGGCUUCCUGUCCAUGAGCAGCAGGGACGGAGCGUCUCUGGAGCCGCCGCUCGACGUGUUCGUGCACCAGAGUAAACUGCACAUGGAGGGUUUCCGCAGCCUCAGAGAGGGCGAGGCCGUGGAGUUCUCCUUCAAGAAGUCCUCUAAAGGGCUGGAGUCCGUCAGGGUGACCGGGCCUGAUGGAGCACCGUGUCUGGGCAGCGAGAGGAGACCGAAGAGCGCCCAGAAACGACGCUCCAAGGGGGACAGGUGCUACAACUGCGGAGGACCCGGCCACCACGCCAAAGAAUGCCAGCUGCCCCCUCAGCCCAAGAAGUGUCAUUUUUGCCAGAGCGUGUCGCACAUGGUGGCAAACUGUCCAGUCAAAGUGCAGCAGCAGCAGCAGCAGCACUCCUCCUCCUCUCCGGCCUCUCAGGGAACAGCUACCUCACCGAGGGAUGAGGAAGAGGAGCGCAGUCAGUCCACGGUCUGA